AUGGAAGACUUCUGGAAGAGAGCAAAGACAUUCGCCGAAGACGCGGCGAAGAAAUCACAAUCUCUAACCACUUCCUCCGCCACCGCCAGAAUCGCCGAUCUCGUCUCCGAAACCACCAAGAAAUCGAAGGAACUCGCCGCCGAGGCUUCUAAGAAAGCAGAAGAGAUCAAAACCGCUGCUCUCCGUCAGGCUGACCAGAUCAAGUCGUUCUCGGAUACCAUUUCCAUUCCUCCUCAAUUCUCCGCAAUUGCCGCCGCCGCGGCAACCGCCACCGCAACUGCCACUUCUGCCGCACUUCCUUCUGCUCCUCAGGAACAAGACCUCCAGAGAUUCGGCGUCACCGAUGAUCUCAGAUCCUUUGUCCAGGGCCUCACUUCCACAACCUUCAAACACUUUCCUGUCAAUUCCGAUGAAUCUGAAUUUGAGGCUUCUGAUGUGCCUACUUCGGCCUCUAAUGUUCGAAAGGAUCUCAACGAGUUUCAGGAGAAGCAUGCCAAUCUUGUUUUAACUACUGUUAAGGAAAUUUCAAGGUUGAGAUACGAACUAUGCCCACGUGCUAUGAAGGAAAGACACUUUUGGAGGAUAUAUUUCACACUUGUCAACACUCAUGUGGCUCCUUAUGAGAAGCAAUAUAUGGAAGCGCUGAGAGAAGCAGCAAAGCGGAGUGAAGAUCCUAAGGUAGAGCAAACUGAUGUUGGUGAAGGAAGUGGAAAGGCCGAAGUAACAGGGAAGCUUCUAAAGAGUAAAUCUUCUAAUGCAUCCUCUAUUGAGCAAGACUUGGAUACAUUUCUUCUUGGAGAUCUUGAAGACAGUGAUGGAGCUCCAGAUGAUGGUGAGGGCAGCUUUGAUGACGAUUUUGACAAGAUUGGCAAUUCUGAUGUUGAAGAUGAGAAGCAUGAAAGAAGAACAUCUGCAGCAACAGUUUAG